AUGUCGUCGGAUUUCAGCAUUUUGACCACCAACCCCAUGCUGGGUUAUGGGUACAAGCUGGAGCACUUCUGGUAUGGAAUCGAGAAAUUCUCGCCAAAGGCGAUCAUCGUCGACAGUGGUUCGACAGAUGGAGGUCCCUAUAAAUUAGGCCUGAACAAAAUGACAUGCGGCCGAGACUCAUAUAUUCGAGAUCUUACGCCUAUGCUUCAGGCCUGCUUUCAUUACAAAAUCAAGGUUCUGAUUGGUUCUGUAGGUGGCGAUGGAAGCGAUAAGCAUGUUCAGGAGAUGCUGGAGAUUGUGCAAGAGAUCUCUCAGAAACAUGGAUUUUCGUUCAAGGUGGCUACAAUCUCAGCCGGAUUCGAUAAGAGUCUCGUGAAAGAUCGAAUUGUCAACUCCAGAGUUGGGCCAUGCGGUCCGGUCGAGGAGUUGACUAUCGAUAGCGUAGAAAGGGCAAUUGAUAUUGUAGGGCAAAUGGGAGCAGAGCCAUAUCUCAAAGCUCUCGAAAUGGACCCAGAUAUCAUUCUCGGGGGUCGCUCAUAUGAUCCAGCUCCAUUUGCUGCGUUUUCUAUGUUUCAUGGUGUAAAGCCGGGAACAGCAUGGCAUAUGGGUAAGAUCAUGGAAUGUGGAGGCAUAUGUGCAGUGCCCAAAGGAAGAUCAAUGAUUGCCACGAUGCGAAAAGACUCCUUUGAUUUGACACCACUCUCGCCAAAGGAGCGUUGUACACCAACAUCGGUAGCUGCACAUACUCUUUACGAAAAGACGAGGCCUGAUCGUUUGCCGGGUCCUGGAGGUGUUUUGAUACUGGAUGAUGCUUCUUACGAGCAAAUAACCGAGAAGACCAUCCGUGUCCGUGGAGCCAGAUUUGAGCCUACCAACGUCUAUCAAAUCAAGCUGGAAGGUGUCGAGAAGCUGGGAUAUCGCACGAUAUUUGUCGGCGGUAUUCGAGAUCCAAUUCUCAUAAGUCAGAUUGACGAGUUUCUGGCAGAUGUUAGGGCAUAUACUCAAAACCUGUUUCCACAGUUGGAUCAGUCUCCGGAAUGCCGACUGAUAUUUCACUUCUAUGGUCGCAAUGGUGUUAUGGGUCCUCUCGAGCCUGAUCCUAAAUUUGCGCAUGAGCUGGGUAUAAUGGGGGAGGUAGUUGCGCCUUCACAAGAGAUGUCAUAUACUAUUGCAAACAAUGCUCGUGCAUCGAUUCUCCAUAUGCCAUACAAAAAUCAGGUCGCGACCACCGGAAACUUCGCCUCGCCAUUAUCACCGCAUGAAACCGCUGCAGGUCCGGUUUUUCGAUUCAAUGUAUAUCACCUUGUAGAUCUCAAUAAGGGUGAAGAAGAAAUAUUAUUCCCUAUUAAAUCGGUCACAAUUGAUAAUUACCCGCCAGAGGAAAAAUCUAUCCCCGGACUCACUACAGCACAGCGAGAACAACUGACUUCCGAGACAUUGGAGCCCUUGAGAUUCAAGGAAAUUCCUGAAGGCGAAUGUCAAAUGCUGGAUAUUGCAAAGAUUGUUCGUUCAAAGAACUCCGGACCGUUUGAGUUGACUCUUGAUAUCAUGUUUGAUAAUAAGGGCGCAUAUGAACGUGUCAAGAAAGCCAACAUCCUAACAAAUGAGCGCAUUCAGACUCUGUACCAUCUGAAACCGGAAGACAUCAUCACCAACAUGUUCUUUGAGCCAGCUCUAGCUUGGAAAUGCACCAUUCGCCGACCGUGGGAACAAGGUACUGUGGGCGAGCGUGAUACUCUGGGGACACAGCAGCACGCACCAUUACUUACAAUCAAGGUGCCGAAGUCUGAAAAUAGUACCACAAUCUCACCAAAAUCCAAAACUCAUUUCCAGGACAGAUCGCACUUCUCAGCUAGAGAUAGCGUGGCGUAUAUCUGGAAGGAGCUUGACUUGCCCGCAGAUUCUCUGAAAUCUUUGCAAAUGACAGGAGAAGGAUUGGGCUUGCCUUCAUCCUUUAAAAUUGGACAUAUUGCUCAAGCUUCAAUUAGUCUGUCGGCUCUGCUGGCUGCAUUGAUAUAUGGACAUAGGAAAAAAGCUCCGACUCCCAAAGUAACAAUUCCGCUGCUACAUGCGGCCAUUGAAUUCAAAUCAGAAAGACUGUAUAAACUAGCAAGCGCAUCUAUGCCUGACCCUUGGGGUCCUAUUGGAGGUUUACACAAGACUAUUGACGGAUAUGUGCGAGUGCAUGACAAUUUUCCCAAUCAUCGAGAAACGGCCAUAGAACUUCUGGGCUGCUCCCCCGACGCUGAUCGGAAAGAAGUCGCUGCAGCAAUUGCGCCAUGGCGCGCCAUUGACCUUGAGUCGGCAGCCUCUGAUUCUAAGAGUGUCAUCGCUGCGUUACGAAGUUAUUCGGAAUGGGAUUUACUGCCACAAGCACGCGCAAUCACUGAUUUUCCCAUUCAGCUUCGCAAAUUGUGCGAUGGACCUGUGGGGCUGCCUAAGGAGAUGUUGGAUGCGAACCCUGACAAGUGCCUUCGUGGUUUGCGGGUGCUGGAAUUAUCAAGAGUGAUUGCGGCUCCAUUAUCAGGAAGAGUUCUGGCUGCUCAUGGUGCAGAUGUACUCUGGGUGACGAGCCCAAAUCUGCCGGAUAUCCCAGCUGUAGAUCGAGACUUUGGUCGGGGAAAGAGAACAAUUCAACUAGACCUAAACGAUGAAAAAGAUAGCCUUGACUUCCAUGGGCUUCUUGACAAGGCUCAUGUCUUCACGCAGGGGUACAGACCGGGGAGUCUUGCAGCAAAGGGAUUAACAUCGGAGGCGCUCGUGGAUACUUUUAAAGAUCGGAACAUCAUCUGUGCUAAUCUGUCUGCGUAUGGACCCGAUGGACCCUGGAAGAAUAAGCGAGGUUUUGACUCUAUUGUCCAAACUUGUUCGGGUAUGAACGUUUCGGAAGCGGAACAUUAUGGUGCUGGUGAAGCUGCGCGACCAUUAUGUUGUCAGGCAUUAGAUCACGCGGCGGGAUAUUUCCUUGCUGCUGGUAUUAUGGCAGCACUGUACAAACAAGCGACAGAAGGUGGCUCUUGGGAAGUCAAUGUCUCGCUUGCCGGGGCUAUGAAAUAUCUUCGGUCAUUGGGACAAUAUGAGGGGCGUAAUGGGUUUGAUACCAAGGACUACACAUGCACAGAGGAUGUGUCGUCAGAGUUUCUCGAGACGAGAGAAACGGGUUUCGGUAAAAUGACCGCAGUGCGACAUUCAGCUUCUAUCGAGGGUGUCCAGGUGGGAUGGGACAUGAUGCCGAAGCCAUUGGGUUCUGAUGAGAAGGAAUUUUUGUAA